AUGGCGACUACCGCGUCGACCGAGGUUGCCAGCAACGAUGCGCGGGAGCUCACAUUGAAAGUGGAAUUCACCGGGGGCUUGGAGAUGCUCUUCUCGGACCAGCGCGAGCAUGCGAUCAGCGUGCCUGCCAUGAGCGAGGGCAAACCCGCCACGGUCGCCCUUCUCAUUGAUUACCUGUGCAAGAAUACAAUGAAGGACUCGCGCAAAGAGCUCUUUGUGCUCGACGGCCAUAUCCGGCCAGGCAUUCUUGUGCUCAUCAACGACGCGGAUUGGGAACUCGAGGGAGAGGAGGAGUAUGAGCUCCAGGAUGGAGACAACAUUCUGUUCGUGUCAACCCUCCACGGAGGUUAA